AUGGAGUCGUUUCAGUGGGGUGUGGCCGGAGCUGCCUAUCAGAUCGAAGGCGCUCAUGAUGCUGAUGGCAAGGCACCGUCUAUUUGGGACGACUUCUGCAGAAAGCCUGGCAACAUCGAGGACGGAACGUCUGCAGACAUCGCCUGCGACUUCUACCACCGAUAUGAGGAAGACAUCGAGCUGGCGCGAGCCGCCGGCUUCAAGCACUUCCGGAUGUCCAUCUCUUGGCCGCGCGUCAUGCGAGAGGAUGGCUUACCCAACGAGCCGGGCAUCGCCUUCUACUCAAGCGUCCUUGAUGCUCUUGAGAAGGCAAACAUGACCCCUUGCGUCACGCUGUACCACUGGGACCUGCCCUCAUCACUGCAAACUGCGGACAUGCCCGGGUGGAUGAGCCCGAAGAUUGUGGACAUCUUUGUGGAGUACGCCACUCUGUGCUUCACACGCUUUGCAAGUAGGGUCCCAAUGUGGAUCACCUUCAACGAGCCUGCUGUCUUUGUUUUUGGCGGCUAUCAGGGAGGCUGGAAUGCCCCUGGCAUUAAGCAGUCGGUUGCCGAGGCUCUUGUAGCCAUGCGGCACGUGCUGCUUGCACAUGCCAAGGUCGUGGCUCUCUACCGCGCGCGCUUCCAGCUCGGUGAGAAGACUGGGAAGAUUGGGAUCACGUUAAACACACGACACUACACCCCGGUGGACGCCAGUGAUGUUGCUGCAAAAGGGGCUCAGCAGAUGUUGGAGGACCGUAUCGCUUCUUGGUCUGACCCCGUCCUUUUCGGUGACUUCCCAUCCAGCUUCAAGGCAACGCAUGCGGGCAACCUGGCCUUGCGGCUGAGCCAAAGUGAGCAAGAGACCCUCAGAGGAUCCAUUGACUUCCUCGGGAUCAACUACUACACGACUUCCGGCGUCGAGGAGGCCGGUGGCUCCUCUUGGAAGAUCGUGGACUUGGGCGAGGCGUCCGGCGCCUCCUGGCUACGCUCCUACCCCUCCGGCCUGCUUUUGCUGCUGAGAUGGCUCUCUGGCCGCUAUCCUGGCUUAGAUAUCGUGAUCACUGAGAAUGGCUUCUGCACCCCAGCAAACGACCCAGAGCCGAUCAAGGAUGACGUGCGCGUGAGGUACUACCAGGACCACACGCGCGUCGUGAAGGAGGCAGUUGCCGAGGGGCUGCCGCUCCGCGGCUACUUUGCAUGGACUUUGCUGGACAACUUUGAGUGGGCCGGAGGCUACAAGGAACGAUUCGGCAUGGUGCAUGUCAACUUCGAGGACGAGGCGCUGGCGCGCACCGUCAAGAGCUCCUACCGCUGGUGGCAGAACUUUCUUGAGCAAAACGCCUGA